AUGGCGGAUGACAAGAGUAGUAAGCAGGCUACGCUGGGAAGGUUCUUCGGCUCAAACGCGAAUGGAAAUCAGGCCCCAAAGAAACAAACGACAUUAGCAUUCGGUGGAAAAAGACAACGAAAAGAGAGCGAUGCUGCAGAAAGCUCAACGGGACCUCCUGUUGCUGAGAAAAAAGAUGGCAUAGAUGUGAAGAUCGAAGAGGAGCCCGAAACCGUCCCCGACAAGACAAAUGAAGCCGAAUCCUCAAAAAGCUUGAAACGAGAAAAGGUCGACGAAGGGGAGGAGAGUGAUAGUUCCGACGUCCAGCCUGUUUCAAAACGCCGGCGCAAGACUUCCAGAGAGAGCUCUCCAUCCCCUAAGCAAAGUCCCAAGAAAAGCCCAAAGAAGUCAUCCCCUGCGAAACAACCCAAGUCACCCGCAGCCAAGCCCACCAAGCCCGCGUCCCCCAAACCAGUCCUGAAGAAAUCAUCUGAGGAAGAGGUGGCCGAGGAAAACAGUCAAUCAGACAAGGACGAGGUGCUGUCAGAAAGCGACGAAGAAGUUAAGCCCGAGGUCAAGAAAAAGACGAUGGCCAAGGUGCAGGCAACUCUAAAGUCAAGCGGCAACGAUCCAUACCCGGACUGGAAAGCCGGAGAUCCAGUUCCUUAUGCAGCACUUUGUACUACUUUCUCUCUGGUCGAGAUGACCACGAAACGCCUGAUCAUCAUGGCCUACUGCUCUCAGUUCCUUCAACAAGUUUUACGCCUCACUCCAGGGGAUUUGCUCCCAACCGUCCAGUUGAUGAUUAACAAGCUGGCUGCAGACUAUGCGGGGAUCGAACUGGGAAUUGGAGAGUCUUUGAUCAUGAAGGCCAUCGGUGAGUGUACUGGCCGCAGUCUGGCUGUUAUCAAGACCGACCAGCAUGAGAUCGGUGACCUGGGACUCGUGGCUGCUAAGAGUCGAUCCAACCAACCUACAAUGUUCAAGCCCAAGGCCCUUACAGUGCGAGGGGUCCAUGAGGGUCUGCUUGGUAUUGCCAAGGUUAGUGGACACGGAUCCCAGGAUAAGAAAAUCUCGGGCAUCAAAAAGCUUCUAUCUGCAGCAGAUGCUGCAACCGCAGGCAAGGGCAACAAAGGAGUGGAUAUCACCCACAACAAGGGUGGUCCAAGCGAGGCCAAGUUCAUCGUCCGCUUCUUGGAGGGUAAGCUGCGACUGGGUUUAGCUGAGAGAACUGUGCUUGUGUCCUUGGCUCAAGCAAUCGUCUCUCAUGAGGCCGCGGUGGAGGGCAAGAAAGCCUCUGCCGAAAAAAUGGCCGAGGGGGAACAGAUUCUCAAAACCGUGUACAGCGAGCUUCCCUCCUACGAAGUUAUUAUUCCUGCUAUGCUCGAACACGGCCUGUUUAAACUUCCCACUGUUUGUAAGCUGCAACCGGGUGUUCCUCUCAAGCCGAUGCUUGCCAAACCGACAAAAUCAAUCACUGAAGUCCUUGACCGCUUUGAAGGGAAGGAGUUUACUUGCGAGUACAAGUACGAUGGAGAACGAGCCCAGAUCCAUUUCGUGGCUCCAAGUGCCAUUGAGCAAUUCCCCGCAUCUACCACUACGCUACAAAGGGAUGAAAAGGGUCUUUCUGCAAUCUUCUCCAGAAACUCCGAGGAUCUGUCAAAGAAAUACCCGGACGUGCUGGGUAAGCUAGAUACUUGGGUCAAGAACGACGUGACAAGCUUUGUUCUGGACUGUGAGACUGUUGCUUGGGAUACUAUCAACAAGAAAGUCCUCCCAUUCCAGCAACUGAUGACUCGGAAGCGGAAGGACGUUAAGGCAGAGGAUGUCAAGGUCAAAGUGUGCGUUUUUGCCUUUGAUCUUUUAUUUUUCAACGGAGAACCUUGCGUAAAGAAGUCUCUUCGCGAACGUCGGGAGUUGAUGCACCAGUGCUUCCAGCCAGUUGAAGGCGAGUUCCAGUUCGCUCAGUAUGGCGAUACCAACGUCCUUGAUGAGAUUCAAGAUUUGCUCGAAGAUAGUGUCAAGUCAUCUUGUGAGGGCUUGAUGGUCAAGAUGCUGGACACCGAUGAGAGUGGAUACGAGCCUAGCAAGCGUAGUCGGAACUGGCUCAAGGUCAAGAAAGACUAUCUGGCCGGCGUGGGUGAUUCGCUUGAUCUUGUCGUGCUUGGUGCUUACUAUGGUCGUGGAAAACGUACUUCCGUGUACGGUGCUUUCCUUCUAGCCGCCUACAACCCGAAUAACGAUACGUACGAGACAAUCUGUAAUAUCGGUACUGGUUUCUCAGAGGCUGUGUUGGAGGAAUUCCACAAAGAGUUGAAGCCUAUGGUCAUCGAUCGACCCAAGCCCUUCUACUCCCACUCAAAUGUGCCCAAGGACCAACCAGAUGUGUGGUUUGAGCCUCGCCUGGUGUGGGAAGUCAAGACUGCGGAUUUGACUCUCAGCCCUCGGUACCAAGCAGCUGCGGAUGAGUUUGAGGGGACGACUGGCGGUGGUAAGGGUGUCUCACUGCGUUUCCCUCGCUUCAUCAAGUCUCGUGAUGAUAAAAAGCCUGAGCAAGCUACGACAACUCGUGCCGUGGCAGAGAUGUACCGGAAGCAGGAGGCUGUGGCUAAAGAGAAUGCGGGCAAGCGAGGCGUUGAUGAUGAUUUCGAGUACUAA